AUGCUGUGUGCAGUGCCGCCGGCAGACGCAGCAACGACUGGCCCUGCGGAUGCUGUUGCUGCUGCUGCUGCUGCUGCUGCAGCGAGCUUGUGCCCCCCAGCAGCAGCAGCAGAAGCAGCAGCAGCAGCAGCAGGACCCACGGCAGGCUGCCCUUCCCCACUAUCGCCGGACCCAGAAGCAGCAGAAAACAUGCUGCGCGCUUGGGAGCAGCGCCACUUCCGCAGGCAAGAAGCAGACUUAAAGCAGCAGCAGCAGCAGCAGCAGCAGCAGCAGCAGCAGCAGCAGCGAGGGCUGCCGCCGCUGCCGCUGCCGCACGCGGGCGUUCUGAGUUUUCUUCCGCCGCUCUGCAACUGCGGCUACAAGGGCCACUACGAGCUUUGGCAGCAGCAGCAGCAGCAGCAACAGCAGCAGCAGCAGCAGCAGCAGCAGCAAGAGCAGCAGCAGCCCGCGGCCAAGGAAUCUCCGUUGAACAGCGCCAACGCAUCGCCAGCAGCAGCAGCCGCAGCAGCAGCAGGAGUGACUGCUGCUGCUGCUGCUGCUGCUGCUCAAUUUGAAGAGGGCAGCGUCGGCAGCUCGCCCGGGGGAGCCUUGACCCCCAGCAGCAGCAGCAGCAGCAGCAGCAGCAGCAGCAGCAGCAGCAGGCUGCUGCCCAGCGCAUGCAGCCAGCGGGGCUGCGAAGGCCUUCUUUAUUUGCCUUAUUCUUUCAUUGAAGUGGCCCUGUCUCGGGGGAAAGAGACACUUGCUGCGCUGGCUGUGGGAGCAGCAGCAGCAGCAGCAGCAGCAGCAGCAGCAAAGCUGCCGGGCCCCACUGACAUGUACGUGGGCGCGCUGCGCAACACUGCUGUCAUUGCAUGCAGCAGCAAGCAGCACGAGCGCUGCUGCUGGCGGGCCUUGAGAGAGUUGGGGCUUGCUGCUGCUGCUGCUGUGUUUGACGUUGUGUGCAAGGACUUCACGCCCUUCAAUCCUGCUGCUGCUGCUGCUGCUGCUGCUGAGGGAGACGCGGAGGCGGAGGGCGACGCUGCUGCUGCUGCUGCUGCUGCUGCUGCUGCACGCACGGUGGUUGAGGAGGACGCCGUGCUGCAAGAGCUGCUGCAGAAGCUGCAGCAGCAAGACGACCUGCAGCCGCAGCAACAGACGCAGCAGAGCAGCAGCAGCACUGUCAGCAGCAACGGCGGCAGCAACAGCAGCCUCCAGAGCAGCAGCAGCAGCAGCAGCAGCAGCAGCAGCAACGCCAAGUCGGUCCCCUUUUCUUCAAAGAGGCGUCCAUACACCGUAAAGCUGCGGGCAGUGGGAAGCCUCAAGCGACAACGCCGCCGCAGCAAGCAGCAGCAGCAGCAGCAGCAGCAGCAGCAGCAGCAGCAGCAGCAGCAGCACGACGAGGACAGCGGCUUCAGCAGCAGCGCGGACUCUUCUAAGUGCGACUCUGAGGAAGAGACAGACCCGAGCUUGGCGCUGCUGGAAGCUGCUGCUGCUGCCCUUGGCCUCCUAGAACCAAGCGAGCUGCAGAAGCAGCAGCAGCAGCAGCAGCAGCAGCAGCAGCAGCAGGAGAAGCGAAGCCGCGUCAAACGGGCACUGCAGCAGCCGUUGACUGAGGACGGGGUGCUGCAGGUCGCUCAGGACCUCUUCGGCCCCUGCAGCAGCAGCAUCGCCAACAGCAGCAGCAGCAGCAGCAGCACAAGCAGCAGCAGCAGCAGCACAAGCAGCAGCAGCAGCAGCAGCAGCGAGGCUGGCGCGCAUGCACGCUGUUGCGACAGCCACGCCGUGUCUUUGCUGCUCUCAGAUGACCCGGUAGUAACAAAAUACAAAAAAGCAAAAGGGAUUGUUUGGGGCUGGCGAGAAGAAGAAGAGCUGCAGCACUUGCUGCGCCUGCAGCAGCAGCAGCAGCAGCAGCAGCAGCAGCAGCAGCAGACACAGCAGCCGCGAAUCAAGCAGCCAGGAUAG